AUUCUUUUCUUUUCUUUCCAAUUAUAAAAUUAAUCAUUGACAUGUACUAAUGAUACCCAAUUCACCAUAACUAUUUGUUUAAUUGCUAAACAUAUGUGUUUCAACACUAACCACUAUUAUUUUGAUUAGUUCAAUGACAAAACUUUCUUGUUUAGUAUAUAAAUUAAUCAUAGAGCACUGUUAAGCACUCAUGUAGAAGCUCAAAGUAUACCAUUUUAGGAUAGUCCUAUGAUCCAACAUUUUUCUAUUAUAAAGUUUUGGCCUUUAGGAUUUUUUUGUAUAUUAAAUUUGCAAGUUCAUGGCCCACAGUGUUUUCAGAGUAUACCCUUUUGGUCUGUUUCUGAAAACAAGCUUUGAGGCUAUGGUUAUGCCACGUUUGUCCAUAAAUAGAGAAUAAAGUGGGGAAGAUAAUGAAGUAAAAAAGAGCCAAAAGAGUGAACCUUAUACUUCAAAAAAGGGCAAUAUUUGAUAAAUGUUGUGUUAGAUUUUUUUUGUUUUUAUUGAAAGGAAGUAAAAAAGAGAGUGGUGAUGUGGGUUCUUUAUUUUUGUGGAGCUAGUUUAUUUGGUUUUAUUUAAUGGGAGAGUUUUUUUGAGGCUCUUGUUAGGUUUCUUUGUGUAAAAUUUAAGGCUUUGUUGUGUUGUGUGGUUCUCUUUUCAACUUGGUUUAGCAAGAAGAGGAGAAAGAUCCUUUCUUUUUUGGUGCUUCUGGUAUUUGUCCAUAUUUUUUCUACUUCUCUCUCUAGGAGUGUAUAUGAUACUAAUAAUAAGCAAGUUUUUCUGUUGGUGAUGAUAUUUGUUUUUGUUUGUUUAUGAAAUUAGUACACUUGUGAUCCUCUUUUGUGAAAAAGGGUAUCUUUUAAAUUCUCUUCUUUUGCUUGGAUAUUUGUUUUCAUUUUUUUAUCUUAAAUUGAUUGGUUGUGAGUGAUGGUGGUGGUGCUUUUGUUGUCUUGUGUUGUGGUGUAAAUUUCAUGUGAAAACACAAUCAUAUGAUAUAAUUCUGGUUGAUGAACUAGAUAUAUUAUUUAAGGAAGAUAAUUGAGGAGAAAGAAAUGUUUGUGUGUUGCUCUAUUUGAUCAGAUUUAUCAUAAUUCUCUUUGAUUGGUUUUGUUAAAGUGAGGAGGAUAGAUAGCGUUUUCUACUUAGAAGCUAAAUUUGUAGGCUUUGAAUAAUGAAAACUUCAGUUCCUUUUGCUUGUCCAUUGAAAAUGAGGUCUUAAUUUGAAGUGUUGACAGUGAAAAUGAGAGUGUGUGGUAGAAGCUGGAGAAUUUCUCCGUUUCUUCGAUCCUCAUGUUCUAGCCUUCAUGCUGCCCUUGGGGGAUAACAUGGAGGAUUUAUCCAAGUUUUCUUGGCAGAAGUCCAAUAAUUCUAGGGCAUUAAGUACCUCUAGAGUGUCAGAUUGGAAUCCAAGACCUAUUUUGCGCAACUCCUCAUUUAGGAAGGAGACUAAUAGGGCUGUGCUGGCGCGUCAUAACCUUAAAAACCAGGUUGGUUUGUCUGGGAGUUUCAAGGAUGAAGUAGAAGGUGAACCUUUUCCCCGAACCAUUGAAUGGGGUGAUAUUAGCUUGAGGCAGUGGUUGGACAAACCGGAAAGGUCCAUUGACGAAUACGAAUGUUUGCACGUAUUUAGGCAGAUAGUUGAGAUUGUCAAUGUUGCACAUUCACAAGGAAUUGUUGUUCAUAAUGUUAGGCCUUCUUGCUUUGUCAUGUCAUCAUUUAACCAUGUCUCCUUCAUCGAGUCUGCUUCCUGCUCGGAUUCUGGGUCGGAUUCUUUGGAAGAUGGACCAAAUAGCCAAACUGUGGAGAUCAAAAAUUCGUCUUCUCUUUUGCCUAACAACUUGUUCCAGCUGAGAAGUAGGUUAGAAAGUGAAGAUUUUCAAACCGCAUCAAUGCCAACAAAUGCUUUAUCAGAAACUAGCUGUAUCCAGUCUAGCUCAGUUCACGCAACCCAUGUACCAGUGGGAGAGGAUACUGAAGAAAAUAAAGCCAGCGGCGGAGGAAACGCUGAACAAGAAGAAGGGAGGAAGCAGCCUUUUCCAAUGAAGCAAAUUUUACUCAUCGAGUCCAGUUGGUACAGUAGUCCAGAAGAGGUAGCUGGUUCAGCUAGCUCCUGUGAUUCAGACAUAUACAGAUUGGGAGUUCUUCUUUUUGAGUUGUUCUGCCCAUUCAGCUCAAGAGAAGACAAGAGCAGAACUAUGUCUAGCCUGAGGCAUCGGGUCCUUCCUCCUCAACUGCUGCUGAAAUGGCCAAAAGAAGCUUCUUUUUGCCUGUGGUUGCUGCACCCGGAGCCCAGUUGUCGUCCAAAAAUGGGUGAGUUAUUAGAAAGUGAGUUUCUCAAUGAACCAAGAGAGGAUUUAGAGGAACGUGAAGCAGCAAUGCAACUUAGAGAAAGAAUAGAGGAGCAGGAUUUGUUGAUGGAAUUCCUUCUGCUGAUACAGCAAAGGAAACAGGAAGCUGCUGAUAAGUUACAAGAUACCAUUUCUCUUGUGUGUUCUGAUAUUGAAGAAGUCUUGAAACAUCAAGCAUUUCUUAAGAAAAAGGGAGGUUCAAUUCCAGAAAACACAAAGGAUGAUAAUUUAGCAUCAAAUAUGCCUACAUUUAGUAUUAUCAAUAAUGAUGAUUCGUCUAGCUUGGGUUCUAGAAAACGAUUUCGGCCGGGCGUUCAAAUUCUCAAUGCGGAGGAAUUUGAUGAUAAUCUUGAUGAUGGUCAGAACUCAGAAAUGGUCACAGAAAGUCAAGAAAGCACACUUCUUAAAAGUUCUCGAUUAAUGAGGAAUUUUAAGAAACUUGAGUCGGCAUACUUUUUGACCAGAUGCAGGCCAAUGAGGCCAUCAGGGAAACCAUCUAUUAGGCAUUCACCGAUUAGUAGUGAUGGGAGAAGCUCUAUUGUGGUUACUGAAAGAAGCUCUAUCAAUACCUUAACACCAAAAGAACAGCAGAUUGAGAGUAGACGAAGUGGUUGGAUAAGCCCCUUUCUCGAGGGUUUGUGCAAGUAUCUAUCUUUCAAUAAGUUACAAGUUAAAGCUGAUUUGAAACAAGGAGAUUUGUUGAACUCUUCAAACCUAGUGUGCUCUCUUAGUUUUGAUCGUGAUGGAGAAUUUUUUGCCUCAGCUGGUGUUAAUAAAAAGAUAAAAGUAUUUGAAUGUGAUACACUAAUAAAUGAAAGUCGUGAUAUCCACUAUCCUGUUGUUGAAAUGACGAGCAGGUCAAAACUAAGCAGUUUGUGCUGGAACAGUUACAUCAAAAGCCAGAUUGCUUCAAGCAAUUUUGAAGGGGUAGUCCAGGUGUGGGAUGUCACACGGAAUCAAGUACUGACAGAAAUGAGAGAACACGAGAGGCGCGUUUGGUCUAUUGAUUUUUCAUCAGCAGAUCCGACAAUGUUGGCGAGCGGCAGUGAUGAUUGUUCUGUUAAGCUAUGGAAUAUCAAUCAGGGAGAAAGUAUUGGUACAAUCAGAACAAAGGCCAAUGUCUGCUCUGUUCAGUUUCCAUUGGAUUCUAGCCGUUCUCUUGCAUUUGGUUCGGCGGAUCAUAAAGUUUAUUAUUAUGAUCUUCGUAAUGCAAAAGUUCCCCUGUACACAUUGGUUGGACACAAUAAAACUGUGAGUUAUGUUAAGUUUAUAGAUCCAAAAAACAUUGUCUCUUCAUCAACGGACAACACAUUAAAGCUCUGGGAUUUGUCAAUUUGCGCUUCUCGGGUUAUUGAUACACCUCUUCAGUCAUUCACAGGCCACACAAACAUAAAGAACUUCGUGGGUUUAUCGGUAUCAGAUGGUUAUAUUGCAACUGGCUCGGAAACAAAUGAGGUUUUCAUAUACCAUAAAGCAUUUCCCAUGCCAGCAUUGUCGUUCAAGUUCGACAACACAGAUCCACUUUCCGGCCACGAAAUGCAUGACCCUCUGCAGUUUAUUUCUUCUGUAUGCUGGCGUGGCCAGUCGUCCACGCUAGUUGCUGCAAAUUCUACCGGGAACAUCAAAAUUUUGGAGAUGGUUUAAUUUAGUCUAUGCCUUCCGCAUGAUACGAAACGAUGACGGUGCUUGGCCUGAACUGAAAUCGGGAUAACAAUGUUGCACUAGAGGAAACAUUGUGAAGCUUAAAUAUGGUUGCAGGAAGUUUAAGAGAAGGUUGGAGUUGGAAAACAAAUUUUUUGGCAUUAGAUAAUAGAGAAAUUCAGUGUACUACUACUGUAGAUAAAAUUCAGGGAAAAAAAAGGGAAAAAAACAUAAGAAUUAUAUUUUGCUUGUAUAUUCAGUUUUCAAUUUUUGUUUUGACAAAAGGCUCUGCUACUUUCUGAAUUGAGAUACAUUUUUUAUUCACCA